AUGGACGGGGGACUACAAGAAGUAAAGCAACGAACUAAACCAGAGAUAGUUAUUCUCUCCUAUUUCAUAUCCGUGCUCGGAGCACAAACUACGCUGGAAUUGCUCGGACGAAGAACAUCACAUCUGGGAGUUAUUAAUUGGCUUAGGCUCAUUGGUGCUGCUUUUAGUAUGGGUUUUGUUGGAAUAUGGACGAUGCAUUUUGUUGGACAAAAGGCCUUGGUACUGGGCGACGGAAGACCCGAAGAACAACUAAGAUAUGAUAUAUGGUUUACACUACUAUCGUUAGUAGUGCCGAUUUUAGUGCUUACUCUGGCGUUUUAUUUUAUCGGGGCACAACCACAAGUAGAUAUAUUGCGUCUUUUGGGUGGGGGAACGACAGCGGGAUUAACAGUCGCGUUCAUGCAUUAUUGUGGCCAAUUUGCAAUACAAUUUUACAAAGCUCGUUAUGACGUUGGUUUAACCAUAUCGGCCGUGCUCAUAGCUUUAGUGGCAGCCAAUGCUGCUCUUUACAUCUUUUUUGCUUUACGCGCUGUGUGGAGGAACCAAUGGUACAAGAGACUUGGAGCAUCAAUGGUCAUGGCGACUGCUGUUACCGGCAUGCAUUUCACUGCCUAUGCUGGCACGCAUUAUUAUGCUGUCCCUGGAGAAAUCCAGACAGUGCCCGCGACUUCAGAAAAACUAAUUAUCGGAUUGAACGUCGCCGGAUCAUUACUGGCUUGUGGAACAUUGGUUGUGUUUAUGUUAUUCACUAGAAAAGCAGAAUUAAGGACAAAAAGACACGCGCAAAAUGUUGUUCUCGGAUCGGCAAUCUACAAUAGUCAAGGGCAGAUUCUUGUUACGAAUAGUGGUACUAUUCCAAUGAAAAAGAUCACCACCGAGUAUCGUCAGAAGAACUUGCAAGACGAAUUCACUGUAAAUCAUCCUGUAUUCCAAUGGCUAUAUCGGCUAACCCACGAUUGGUCAAGCAUCGAAGAAUGGCUUCCCUACAUCGAUAGCCACUUGCAAGUAGCAGACAAGAUUGCCUCCCGCAAAGUUCCCUAUUCACUCCAGUUUCGCGAGAUGUUUGUCUCCAAUGCUCGUAGUCUGGCAGAAUCUCUCAACCUCAAUUUCGACGAUAUCGGGUGUCUUUUCGACAACAUUCUCAACACAGGUCAAACCACCACACUCAAAGCCUUGUCCAGGAAAAAACACAUAACUACUCCCGGGUGGCAUGAAGUUCUCGGAAAAGGUCAGAUGCUGUUCUUGGUAAAGAAAUUAAAUGAUCGAACGGAAGAGGAGAGAUUCCUGAGAUUAGGACAUCAAUUUGUUGACUCGAGCUUGAUUUCACCAAGCAUGGCCUCAAGCCUGAAUGUUUCUCCUGACAUCAUGCGGACUUAUUUUGACGAAAUGAGCACAUAUAACAAUCACAAUUCAGUACCUAGUUUGGAACCAGACGCAGUAUAUGCCGGACUAUUCAUAUGUCAACCACAAAUGUCUGGAAUGAAAGUUCUUGUAUCCGCAAAUAAUCGUCAUCAAAUACCGGUUGCUCGUCUUUCAGGGUAUGUGUCAUUGACCUUGGUCGAACGUGAGCAUGUUCGACGCAAAGGCGGUACGUCAAUGGUGAAUGUCUACGCCCAGAUAGGUAAAACGUUCUUUGGAGAGCCGAACGGUAACGACAUCAGAAGUAUGCUGAGCAUUAACGCCAUCAGAAGUAUGUCGAGCAAUACCGAUCUCGCAAGUGUGCCAAGCAAUACCGAUCUUCCAAGUACACAGAAUAAUACCGAUGUCACAAGUGUGAGGCGAAAUUCUGUCUCCACUACUUCGUCAACUUUCAGCGAAUUCGAUAAUUUUCGAUACAAUUUUGCUCAAGCUAUGCUUCAGUUAAUGCAUUUAAUCGAAGAUAAACAGAUAUACAAUGAUGCCGUCCUCUAUCCCGAGGUAUUCAAAGUUCCCAUCCCAGGUGUUGUCGGCAGAUAUGCUGAAUUAAUUGUGUUCAAGGUUCUCCUAAACUCCAACCAGAAAUUCGACGUCCCCGACGGAAGCUUUAAAUUUAUUCCGUAUAACAUGUUUCACAGCUAUCAAGAUAUCCUUUACUACCGUACUCCGAUGGAAUUGCAGCAAUGGCGGAAUAAAGUGCGUAAGGACUUUGGUUUUAUUGCUGAAAUGAUGGAUAGUGAAGAUGAUACAAAUGAUGAAUCAGAAGGAACGAGCAAAAGAAACGCAAUUGAGAUGGUCAUGGUGGAACAGACUGUUGAAACGGUUGUAGUCACGGAUUCUUUAGACGAAAAGAUAGAUCCAAUAGUGGGAGUAGAAAAGGAGAAUAUUGGGGAGCUUACGUACGAUUGUAAUAUUACCGUGUCAAAAAAUAAUUUUGAGCGAUGGUUUGAAGUCGUUGCACGUUCAUUCGGGAAUGACUUCACAAAUGCUGACAAUUUACAAUAA